GACACGCCUGACGGCAUGACUAGAAUAUCUGAUCAAACCGGUCUUGUUUCCUCAAAACUCAAUAAAUUCAAAAACGCGUACAGAGUAUUAGCUCAGAAACUGCGUGGAAAUCUACAACGAAUUAUGUUCUCAAGGAACAACAGAACUACAACAAUUUUAUUCCAAGGAUUGAAUAUUUUGACAAGGAGUCGAAGUCUCCAUGGAAUUUCACGGUCUCCUCGUGUUCUCAUAACAGGAGGUCUUGGGCAACUUGGACAAGGUCUGGCAAAAAUUCUUAGGGACAAAUAUGGCCGAGAAAAUGUGGUUAUGUCUGAUAUCGCAAAAGCGUCUGAUCAAGUCUUGCGAAAUGGUCCAUACAUCUAUGCUGACGUGCUAGACCCUCAGAGCCUGCAAAGCAUUGUGGUCAAUCAUAACAUUGACUGGAUAGUGCAUUUCAGUGCAAUCUUGAGUGCCGUAGGCGAGCAGAAUGUGACACAGGCGCUACAAGUUAACAUUGAAGGCUUCCACAACAUAAUAGAGACUUGUCGAAAAUACAACUUGCGGUUGUUUUCACCAAGCACAAUUGGUGCAUUUGGUCCAGAAACACCCAUGGAUAACACCCCAGACAUUACCAUACAAAGACCAAAGACUAUCUAUGGCGUGGCUAAAGUCCACAUGGAACUACUGGGAGAGUAUUAUCACCAUCGAUAUGGACUGGAUUUCCGAUCAGCAAGGUUUCCUGGCGUCAUAUCAGGGGACAGCAUGCCUGGAGGGGGGACAACAGACUAUGCCAUCCAUAUCUUUCAUGAGGGGUUGCAGACUGGCAAAUACAGAUGUUACCUCCGCCCAGACACCCGCAUGCCAAUGAUCUACAUCCCAGACUGCCUCCGUGCAACAGUGGAGUUGCUAGAAGCACCAUCAGAGUGUCUGUCGCAAAGAACCUACAACUUGGGAGCUGUUAACUUCACUCCUGCAGAAUUAACAGAGGAGUUGCAGAGAUUUCUCCCUCAGUUGGACGUGACAUAUGAGCCAGACCAGCGCCAGUCAAUUGCGGAUAGUUGGCCAAAUUCCCUGGAUGACAGCAAAGCUCGACAGGACUGGGGGUGGAACCACGAGUAUGACCUCUCGGCCAUGGUAUCGCAUAUGGUUGACAUGCUAGCGCCAAAAUACAUUACCACUACUAAGCAAAAGACUGCAAGUAGCUAGAGGCAAGCACGGGAUCAGUAUGCAGAGGCAAGCUCAAAUGUGGGAGUUAGUAGCCAGUACAACUGGAAAAAAAUAACAUUGUACACCUUAGUAUAAACACUCAUAUUUGGUAGCUUUAGUGUACCAUUGAUAUUAAUGUGUCAAGGAAAGAGUUCUUACGAGUCAUGUUCAGAUGAGCAGGGCAAUGGUGUAUAUAUCUUAUAAUGACAUUGGACAUGCUAGAUGUUAACAUGAGUCGUUAAAAAGACUGUUUUAUUAUAUUUAUAUAAUAUUAUUAUUUUAAAAUCCAUUGUUUAAAUUUCAAGGCAAGUGAAGAUAGUGUCUCCAAAGUUUUCAAAAGACUGUCAAACUAGUUCUUAGACUAUAAAAAGUUAUUAUUUUAUAAUAAACAAUAAAGGCAACACACAAACUA